CAACGAAACACAGAUAACCGCCACAACUCAAUUCGUGAGGAUUGGAUUUUUGCAAAUCCCAACAGUUCCGUGUUCCAACGGUAAGAAAGUCUCUGUUUGGUUGCCAAGAAAGUGGUGAAAACGGUGAGAUGAGUUUGAGUAUGAGCUACUCAUGCAGUUAUGGUCUUGGGCUUCAAUGUUUCAGAAUUGCAAACUGCAAUCCUGACCGGGAUAGCCGUCCCGGCAAGCACAUUGUUCCCAUCAAUACGCACAAAAAGCCUUCUGAACCUGACAAUUGUCUUCAAUCAAAGUGGAAGAUUAAUGGCAAUAACAUUUUGACAUUCAUAGGUGCCAUGACAGCGGCAAACUUGGUUGCUCCAAUCACUGCAAAAGCUGAAAUGGCUGCUUCUGUUUAUGCCUUGGCUGAUGGAAGCCUCGGUGAGUGGUUUGGAGGCUUUCUAUAUACAGCUGGACAACAGGCCAACGAAGCUGUGCAGGACCAACUAACCUCUCUCAGUUUCACUAGUUUGGCAGUAAUUUAUGGGGCAGGGCUUGUAACCAGCCUUUCUCCCUGUACACUUAGUGUCUUACCACUGACCCUCGGUUACAUUGGGGCAUUUGGCUCUGGAAAAAGCAAAUCAGAGGUUAUUGGAGAUUCCAUUGCAUUUUCCUUAGGUCUUGCCACCACAUUAGCACUGUUGGGUGUAGCAGCAUCAGUUGCAGGAAAGGCUUAUGGGCAGAUUGGCCAAGGAUUACCUUUGGCUGCUUCUGGUUUGGCUGUAAUAAUGGGCCUGAACCUUCUUGAGAUCAUUGAAUUACGACUCCCCUCUUUCUUUGACGGUUUUGACCCACGUGCAGCAGCUGCGAAUUUCCCAUCAAGUGUACAAGCAUAUCUGGCUGGGCUUACAUUUGCAUUAGCUGCCUCGCCUUGUAGUACACCUGUCCUGGCCACCCUUUUGGGAUACGUUGCUGCAUCCAAGGAUCCAGUGAUUGGAGGAAGCUUACUUUUGACUUACACAACUGGUUAUGUUUCUCCCUUACUCUUGGCUGCUUCUUUCGCUGGAGCGUUACAGAGCCUGCUUUCAUUUCGCAAGUUCUCUGCAUGGAUCAAUCCUAUUAGCGGAGCAAUGCUGCUAGGAGGUGGUAUGUAUACUUUCUUAGAUAGACUGUUCCCAGCCACAAUGGCCAUGUAGAAAAUCUCUUGGCUCUUAACUCGCCGGGACCUGUUACCUGAACAGUUCAAUGUAUAUAUAUAUAUAUAUAUAUAUAUAUAUAUAUAUAUAUAUAUAUAUAUUAUACAAGUACUCAAUUGAAAUAGAAAUUCAAAUAUGAGAUUUAUUGCAUACCACAUCCCCAAUUCUUCCUCCAGAUCAACGUAGAUCCAAGGGUCGAGGUGCUUUUGGAGGAAGAAAAAUCCAUUUUAAGAAACAUAUAAGAAUCUUGGUCAAACAUGAAAAGGUAAUCGAAUAUACUGUAUGAUACUCUGAAACUUGGUCCAAGUUUCUUCCUAGCCAAAUUUGGUGUACAAAACCUAUAUUGGUAGGAAACUUGCUGCA